AUGACAAGGAAAUUGUUUAUUAUCGUAAUUUUAGUCAACUUAGUAUUAUUAAUAAACGCAAAUAGUCAAUAUUGUGUCGGUCAUGACACUUGUGAAAAAUGCAUGGACGAGGACAGCACUUGUGCGUGGUGUUCUGAUCGGCAAUAUGACAUGAGAAGAAGCCGUUGUAUGAGCCAUAGUGAUUUAAGAGAAGCAAACUGCCGCGAGGAGUUCAUUCAAACGAAUAAAUACCAUCCCAUCGAGAUAACAAAAGAUGAUGAUUUGCGUGAUUUCAACAAGGAAUUCGAUUCAGUGCAAAUUCGACCGCAAAGUGUUAAAAUGAAAUUGCGGAAGAGUCGACAACAAAUCAUCAGAAUGAAUUACAAACCAGCUCGCAAUUAUCCACUUGACCUUUAUUAUUUAAUGGAUCUCACAUGGUCGAUGAGAGAUGACAAGCAGACACUCGUUCGAAUGGGUGGCAGUCUUACUCAUUCCCUCAAAAAUCUGACAGAGAACUUCCGUCUCGGCUUUGGCUCGUUUGCUGAUAAACCAAUUUAUCCAUACAUAAACCCAGGCUCAGAAGAAAAUCCGUGCAAUCUCGUGCACGAUAAGUGUCUACCUACAUACGGUUUUAAGCAUAAAUUAGGUUUGACGGAUGAUAUUCAACAGUUUGUGGCAAAGGUGAAUGGAAGUGAGAUAACUGGCAAUUUAGAUAACUUGGAGGGUGGACUUGAUGCUUUAAUGCAGAUUCUUGUUUGUCGUCAGGAAAUCGGAUGGAAUGAUAAGACACGAAAAAUCGUUGUCUUUGCUUCAGAUGGUCCCAUGCAUUAUGCUGGAGAUGGAUUAAUAGCUGGUCUUGUAAAGAAAAAUGAUAAGACGUGUCAUUUGAAUGAGAAUGGAGAUUACAUGGCAUCGUUAGAUUACGACUAUCCAUCAUUGGAAGAAAUUUAUCGAGAAUUGUUGCGAGCAAAGAUUAGCGUCAUUUUUGCUGUUACAUCGGAUGUCAUCUUUCAAUAUGAUCAGAUCCAUGAAUUGAUGGAAGAAAUCACAAGUGUUGGCCAACUUGCUGUCGAUUCGUCGAAUAUUCUUCAACUUGUUGAACAAGGCUAUGCGGAAGCUGUCAAGAAAACUCAGUUCCAAGAUAAUUCCCCAGAUUACAUUAAACUUGAAUAUAAAACAACAUGUGGCGGAAAGUAUGAACCAGCACAAUAUACAAGCAAAUGUGAUAACGUUGAAAUUGGAAAUGAAUAUGACUUUGAUGUCGGUGUGACGUUGUUAAACUAUCCGGAAGAUGGUACAAGAAACUUGAAGAUCAAAGUCGAAGAAGCAAAUAUUGAUUCGGAAGCAAUGGAAAUAGAAAUAGAAAUCGAUUAUCCUUGUGAAAGUUGCACAGUUUUACCAGGUGAACCAGCAUCAGCAUUAUGUGAUCGACAAGGUGAAUGGAAGUGUGGAGCUUGUAUUUGUAAUAAAGGAUUUGUUGGGCGACAAUGUGAAUGCAAUUUGCAGGAAUAUUCGAGCACGAAAGAAUUGGAUAAUCAAUGUCGAGAGCUUAUCAAACAAGACAAUAACACGAUAUAUGGUCCAAUGUGCACAGAUCGUGGAGAAUGUUUGUGUGGUCAAUGCAUUUGCGAUUUGAAAUAUGAAGGGAAAUAUUGUGAAUGUGAUUCAUGUCCUUACUACAAUGGUCUGGAAUGUGGUGGAAAUGGCAUCUGCAAGUGUGGUAAAUGUGAAUGCUUGUCAGAAUUCAGUGGCGAUACUUGCGAAUGUUCAACCUUACAAACCAAUUGCAUCGCUCCAGACAACACAAAGAAAGAAAAUGACAAAGUUGUUGUUUGUUCAGGACACGGAGAAUGCAAUUGCAAUAAUUGUGAGUGCAACGAAAUGCAUUUUGGAAAGUUCUGUGAAAGCAAUUUAGAAAAUCAAACCAUGAAUUCACUUUGCAUCUUUUAUGAGCCAUGUGUUCAGUGUGUUAUCAACAGAAAAUUGGAGCGUGAAUGUUCCGACUACAACGAGAAAUGUUCAUCGCAAACUGAAGGUUUAUAUAAAUCAGAGUUUUACGAUGAUAUCUCGGAUGCGCCCAUUCAGUGCAUAGCACGAGUGAGAUAUGAUGAAGAUACAGUUUGCGAAUAUAAAUUCACUUACGAAUUGGAUGAGAAAUCUGAAACUAACAUUCGUAUUGCUGAUACGCCUUGCCCUGCCUUCAACGUUGCUGCUUAUUCAAUUAUUGGAAUUAUUAUUGCCACAUUUCUGAUCGGAUUAAUUAUCUUGUUAGCUGUUAAAUGUAACAUGAUGCUUGCUGACAGACGGGAAUUUGCCAAAUUCGAAGAAGAAAGGAAAAAUUGGAGAAUUUCUCAUGCAAGUCCGAUUUAUAAGUCGCCAAUAACAGAGUUUCGUAAUCCUCAAAAAGGAAGAGAAUCCCAGAAUGCUUUUGAAAUGCAACCAUCUCCAUCUCCCUGAUAAUAAUAAAAAAAUAAGAAUCUAAUGAAACAUGUUUCAUCUGAGCUUUAACAAGAUUGUGAGUUAUUGUAUCCUCGUAUUUUUAUUUUUAAUUUUAAUGGGAUGUUGUGUAAGAUGAAUGAUGAAGACAUCAUUUCCCUCUAAGAAACAUCGCUUGAACAAAUAAAAUUCUAAAGAAAUUUCAAAA